ACAAUGGUGUGUCCAUGGGCACCCAUAUAGCAUAAUUCUCUAACCAUACCAUGGCCUGUUUAGCUUAGUUCUGUAAAGUUACUUAAAUCUAGAAACCCACAGACAAGCUAGAUUAACCACAAAGAUCUGGACAGAGGAACAAUAUAAGAGUUGCAUCCAUGUGUGGUUAGUGAUUCAAAACAGAACUGGGUGCCACAGUCUCCUGAUAGUGUAAAAUAUAGUUUCUCCUUGUAUGACUGUGCAAAAUGAAAAGAAAAAUAAGCAUAGCAUAGAAUAAAAUGUAAUCUCAUAUUACAUAAUCAUACACAGAAAUAUGCCAAGAUUUGUCAUCUAAAUCCCAGUCAAAUCUGGACAAAAAUCUGUCAUAAAUCUGACAUGAUUUUGAAAUGCAGAAAAUUCCUCUCUUGUACUGGACUAGUGUAAGUCAAGCAUGCCACAAUGAACAGAAGCGGAGUGAGGGUGAUUUUACACUUGUGAAAUCCAGGCUUAAAUGUCGCUGUUGGAGGCAGUUUGGAAUUUUAUUUGAGUCUUAUAACGUCUUAACAUAAGGGAUUGGAUAACUGUGUACUUUUGGACCAGUAAUGGGUGGCAAUGGAGUAAUUAAAAUGGCAGCGCCCAAUUUAAGUAUGGAUUCCCCCGAAGAACAAGCUGCAGCUUAAAAAAACUCGCCUACGGUCAUCUAAAGCGUGGGAGUAUUUUAGCCAGAGACCCAACAAUGUGGUGCUGUGUAAGCUAUGCAAAUUGGAAAUGGCUUAUCACAGCAGUACAACUGCCAUGAACGAACACUUGAAGCAAAAGCAUCCCAGAGCACUUUGUCAAGACGGCAUCAAGGCAGCACCCGAUGGCAAACGUGGGGGUGAGGCCUGCUUCCCCCACUCCCUCCAUCUCUCUCCUAGAAAUAAAAACAGAGACACGGUUGGUACUGAAGUCUUUCCUGCGUCACUCUCUCUCUAUACCUCCUGGAGAACGGCCUGGAAGGAUAGGAGGAGAAUACAAGGACCCAAACAAAUACAGUGCUGCUCAAAAGAAGUUGAAGAAAGAUGUAACUGAUGCAUGGGACUCUUUGGAUGAGGAGAUUAGUGCCGUAGAGGAGAAGAAACAUGGAAUUAAAAAUCUAAUAAAAAGAAGACUGAGGCCGCGUUCAUCCAUGAUCCGCCAUGCUAAGAAUGACACCAGCGGUGACCAGACUCAGAACAACACCCUGGAGAAACAGAGUCAGUCAGGCCGCUCGGACAAAGUGUCCAGAAAUGGAGCAAGUAGUUUACCCAGGAAAUCUGAGGAAGAGAGAUUAUCUCCAUCUUCUGCAUCUGAAGAGGAGGGCAAAAGAAAGCCAGUGGACAAAAAUAAGAAAAAGAAGAAAAAACUUAAAAUAUCUGAUAUACUCAAAAAAGUGUCAUUUAAAAAAGAAGAGCCUCGUCCUCAGCGUCCAGCCACGCUGCCUUUAAGAGAUGAUGCAAGUUUUCCAGAACCUGCCAAACCGGCUGUUUCACCUUCACAUCCUCCUGAAUUCUAUGAUGGUGUGGCAGAAACUCUGGACAGAAUCGCACAGAAACACAGUGUGAAAAAGAAAUCUCCCAUUAAACCAGAUCCUGUGCCAUGUGCAUCCAAAGACAAUCACAAAGAGGCUGUGGUUCAGCAGCUAGUUCAGAUAUUGACUGCAGAGGGGGAUGCUAUAAAUGAAAAGAUAAAUACCAACUCUUUCCUUCGGUCCACCCUUAACCGCAUUUCCUACCCAUCCUUUGCCAAACUCCUCGACACAUAUGCCAGUCAGAGUGAAGAACCUCCCCUUCCUGCACCGGUUAGCCCUACACUGCGCCGCCUUGCCAUCACUAUGGAUGUGUCUCGGCGAGUCGUCACAGCAACUGGAGUUCAGCGUUUGACAGGGUAUGCUGAACGCUACAUGGAGAGCUUUGCCCCAUGGGUGAGGAGUCAUGGAGGAUGGGGUAACAUUGCACAGUUUGAUGAUGUCCUGGAGUGUGACUGACCUCAGUCAUUGACCUUAUAACUUUUCAAUAUAAAUUUUGGAUCAUGUAGCUUGACUUCUGUGAGGAAAAGAAAACCAAAGGAAAUGACACUACUGAUAAUGAAGUUUCUCUGCAGAUGGAUUUCUUUUUUAUACUUUCAUGUUUUUUUGUUGUUGUAGU